AUGUCGAACACUACUAGUACCUCGUCUUCCCUCCCAAAUCCACAGGACAAUAUCGUGCCCCAAAACUACAGGGAACAGUUCCAAGGUCGUCACGCAACAUCCCAAUUCAUUGAUCCGUGCGAGGACGCAGCUAAGGCAUCCAUGAAGUGUUUGGACCGGAACAAUUACAUCAGAACAGAGUGUAUCGACUUCUUCGAGGCAUAUCGGGACUGCAAGAAGACAUGGAUUGAACAGAGAAAAGCUGACCGUCGCGCGGGUCGACCGUCGGCAUGA